AUGAGGAGCUGCUUCUGCCUGCGCCGGGGGAGCCGUGACCCGCCGCCCGCCGCGCGGGCAACAGAUCAGUCCAUAAUGCCUGAGGUGCGAGACCUCUCCGAUGCCUUGCCCGACUUGCCGAUGGAUCCCAUCACCGGUGUCGGUGUGGUUGCUUCCCGGAACCGAGCCCCGACAGGUUAUGAUGUAGUUGCACAAACAGCAGAUGGCUUGGAUGCUGACCUCUGGAAAGAUGGCUUAUUUAAAUCCAAGGUCACACGAUACCUGUGCUUCACAAGAUCAUUUUCAAAAGAAAAUAGUCACUUAGGCAAUGUCUUGGUUGAUAUGAAGCUCAUUGAUAUCAAGGACACCUUGCCAGUGGGCUUCAUCCCCAUCCAGGAGACCAUCGAUUCACAAGAAGUAGCUUUCAGAAAGAAGAGGCUAUGCAUUAAAUUCAUCCCUCGGGAUUCUACAGAGGCAGCAAUCUGUGAUAUCCGAAUCAUGGGUCGAUCUAAACAAGCCCCUCCUCAGUACACAUUCAUAGGGGAGCUGAACAACAUGGGCAUUUGGUACAGGAUGGGCAGGGUCCCCCGCAACCAUGAGUCUUCACAGCCUGCAAGUCCUCCCUCCCAAGCACCAACUUCAGCACCAACUUCAACACCAGCUCCUAACCUGCCAAGGCACAUCUCGCUGACACUCCCUGCCAGUUUUCGAGGGAAAAGUCACAGCACUCGCCUGGACCUGGAGCACCAGCACUCAAAUUUGUAUGCCAUAUCAGCAAUGGAUGGAGUGCCUUUCAUGAUUUCGGAGAAGUUUACCUGUGCUCCUGAAGGGAUGCAGCCCGUUGAUCUCUUGGGCAUCACAAUCAAAACCCUUGCAGAAAUUGAAAAGGAGUAUGAGUACAGCUUCCGGACGGAGCAGAGUGCGGCAGCUCGUCUGCCACCCAGCCCCACGCGGUGCCCGCCGGUCCCACCAUCCUGA